UAUUUGUCCUACAGUAGUUGUUGUACUGAUUUGCAGUAUUCGCUAAUCAUUGUAUCGCACUAUCGUCUAUCAUCUGUGUCCACUGUACUGUGAGCAAAGUGAAAGUUUGAUAUUGGAUACAUAUUACAUGUUAAUUGUUAAUAUGUGAUAUUUAUUACUAAACACAAUACAAUAUCGUACACUUAAUUGUUAUUAAUAUUGAUUUCGACGUUCAAAUUAGUAAUAUUGCAAUUUUAAUUUCAUAUUAUUAGUUAUCGCUUAUCAUCAUUGCAAUAUAAUACAUUACGAUUAUUUAACAAAAUCGUCUAGUCUCUUGUAUUGCGUUAAAUAAAAAAUAAAUAAAAGAAUCUCUAGUUUUCAAAAAGGAGUUUUAUUUUUCCGAAAUAUAUCAAAAAUUAGUGCAAUGUCUCAAUAUCAUACACUAAAAAUUGAAAAUCCUAAAGAAUUUGUUUAUAGUGUCCAAUUAAAUAGACCAGAUAAGGCUAAUGCAAUGAACAAAACGAUGUGGUUGGAAAUAGGAAAAUGUUUUAAUGAACUAAAUGAGAAUACAGACUGUCGAGUAAUUGUUCUUUCAGCAAAUGGAAAAUAUUUCACUUCAGGAAUCGAUUUAUUUGACAUUAUGAAUCUUGGCCAAGAAGUUGCAAAUCACGAUGACAUUGCAAGAAAAUCAAAAGUUUUACGGUGUUUUAUUAAAACUUAUCAAGAUUGUCUUACCGCUCUUGAAAAAUGUGAUAAGCCUGUGUUGACUGCUAUUCAUAAUGGAUGUAUUGGUGGUGGAGUUGAUCUAGUUUCAGCAGCAGAUAUACGAUAUUGUACAGAAGAUGCAUGGUUUCAACUUAAAGAAACCGAAAUUGGAAUGGCAGCAGAUGUUGGUACACUGCAGAGGAUGCCAAAAAUUAUUGGAAGUAUGAGUACAUUCAAUGAACUAGCAUUUACUGCUCGCAAAUUUCAUUCUUCGGAAGCCAAAAAUAUUGGUUUUGUGACUCAAGUUUAUGACACCAAAGAAAGUAUGUUAGAAAAUGUUAUGAACAUUGCUACGGACAUAGCCAGCAAAAGUCCUGUAGGAGUCCAAAUGACUAAAAGAAGCAUAAUAUAUUCACGAGAUCAUACUGUUCAAGAAGGAUUGGAUCACAUUGGAGACUGGAAUCAAAUAUUACUACAAAGUGAAGAUUUCAUCAAAGCGUCAAUGGCUGUUGCAACAAAGGAUAAAAAACCAACAUUUUCAAAACUAUAAUUUAAUUUAAUUAUUACCACUAAAUUUAGUAAACUUAUUUUUAAAUGUAAUUUUCGACAUAAAUCAAUAAUAAUUGCUCUCAAUAAAAAUUGUAUCUCUAAAGUAUAUUUAAAAUUGACAACAACCAGUAGGCACCAUCCAAAUGUAAUUUGAUUUAAAAUAUUUUUAUUUUAUAUUGUUGGUUACUUUCAAAAGAGACAAUAACACCUAAUUUUUGUAAAAUAUUACUAAAGUAAAUUGUAUUAUUAAAGCUAGUGUUAUUAGUUAUUACACAAAUACUUUACAAAAUAUGAUUUGUUACAAAUUUUAAAUAUAUAUUCAUAUAUGUUCGUAAAUUA